AUGAGCGCAAAACACAACCUACACGUGGCGCACCACAUCCCACCUCACAUGUCCCCCGCUUGGGUCAUCGCCGCGUUGCACGACCACGAGACAGCUCUCACGCUCCAAGCCCUUACCUGCGGGCACGAGAAAGCGCCCGGCACUGCCCCCUCGACCCUCAAAGACACGUACUGGUACCCGCCCGACCAAUACCCCAUCACGACAUACCACGUCACCGAGUGCAUAACCUUGUUUCCCGGGAUUGGGCAGUAUGGGAAGAAGUACAUUACCUUUCCAAGUUGCUUCCAGGACACCAGGCAGGGCAUAAAGACGCGCGCUGAUGCAGCGGCAGGCGUCAUAGUCAGGGCAGAGUUUAGAGUCGUUGCAAACGGCGAGGCGGGCAGCGAGGUCGAGGGCGAGGGCAUGGGCGUGGGCGAUGCACAAUGGGUGCUCGUCGAAGACGUCGAAGUCAGCUGCGCAUGGUGGCUAAUGCCGUUUGUCAAGGGCAAGAUGGAGCAAGCCCACCGCGAUGUCUGCAGGAAGGUCAUCGAGAAAACGGACAAGCUGAGAAGCACGGGCUGGGUGGGCAGAGACCCUGUCGCAUUCGGAGAGCAUGGUGUUGUGAGCAGACAGGACAGCAAGGUCGAAGGCACUGAAGACGUAAACACAGGCUUUGCGCAAGAAACGAGGCAACACUAUGCGAAGCCACAACCUGUCAUAUUUGGACAAACACAUCAGGACGUUCCAGGGCCCGUCGAGGCGGAUGCGAUAGAGUCGCCGCGGAUGGACAUGGUAGCAGGACCAUUGCCGGACAAGAUCACGUACCGAUAG